UUGCAGUAAUGGGCCAGGGGCAGUUAACACUCUGCACCGAUUCUCGCCUGCACAACAUGUCCUCCCGCGGCCGUCGUAAUAUCAGUGCAGAUACUCAGUAUGACGGUGCCCCACCGCGACUGUCGCGCUCUGUGAUCUCUCCUGAUUCCUCGCUUACGCACGGCAGAGAAAAUGAAAGUAGAAGUGUUGGUGAUCGGCUGUACUGUCAGUAUAUGCAUUGCUCCGGCCAGCCGAGACUUGUUGUCCUUUCAGUUCACUGUUCGACUGCCGCACGUACUACUUUAUCGUCAAGAUGCCUCCUUCUCCACAACUAGUCAUCAGACACAUCGUGGACUUCAUGACGAAGCUAAUGUAUCCAGUCAUCUCCUCAACCUCGUAAAGAGCCGUGCCCUCCGUUGUUCGCGGUCUAGAUCAUGGCGCCAUGGACUAACGAAACGCAUUCAGGUUUCUCUACUGAAAUACGACAAUGAUCAGAGCAUGCAAUUCACACAUGGAAAAGAGGCUAUUAUCUGUCCUACUGCGAGAUUCGUCUAUACUAGGAUGUGCCGUAAACCUCGCUGCGACGACUGUGAUACCUUCGUGGUCAGCGGGGCGAUCGCGCUUGCCGAUAAUCAAAUGAAUUGUGUACACCAGUGUGGUGCUUCUCUGUCUUGCCACUCAACAUCCUGGUCACAUUGCGUCUGCUGUGCAGGAAGUGCUUGUGCUCCCAGGCCCUGGAUCUCAUACUGAAGAACACCAAACACAAUGUCGGUCACCUAGACCUCGGUUGUGUCAACCUCGCGAGUUUAUAGAUCUGGGUUUUGUAACCAUCACACUGCUGGCUCAAUCCUAUCUGAUUACGGUAGUAGUAUGAGCGGCGUACCAGAAGCCUGCAAUGUUCCGGCCCAGCCUAUCGAGUAUGAGUCAAUUG